AUGACUUCCCGUGUCACAGUUCAACAGGUUAUGGGCCGCACUUCGGCUUAUAUUAAUCUUACUUCCUCUGAAAAACUCACUCCUCUCAACUAUCAUGUCUGGGCUACCAAAAUUCUUUUGGGUCUUCGUGCUAUGAAUAAUGGUGUCCACCUUUAUGUCGAAGCUGGUACUGUCAAUCCAGCUGCCAAUGAAUCCCUUGAAGACCUCACCGCCUCGCUUGAUACCGUCGUCCAUGAUGUCAUCCUCAACAAUAUUUCUCCUGAGUUGAUCGAACAUGUUAAUGAUGUGGCCAUUAGAGGCCGUGACCUCUGGCUUUACCUUCAUCAGGAGUAUAGUCAACUCCAACCCGCCGAUGUCAUCUCACUUAUGAAAUCCCUCUAUGCUGGCAAUAUUGAUGUUGGUCCAAAGUUUGUUUCUUCUGUUCGUUCAUAUGUUGCUACCUGGCGUUCCAUCUACCAAUCAUUGUCGCCUGAUUCGGUCGUGGCCUUCAACGCUUUGGCUUCAAUGGGUCCCAAUUGUGAGCGCUUCAUCCAGUAUGCCUUGGAGCACCGCUUUGAUAGUAACAACAAUACUGACAACCUUGAUAUUAACAACUUCAUCCGGAACACUGAUAAAUGGGCCAAGUUGUUGAAGAUUACUGGACCCCCUGCUACUCUUUCGACUGAAGCGUUCGUUGCUUCAUCAAAGAAGUACAAUAACAAAUCUAAGGGUGAUGGUAUCAAAUGUUUCCGUUGUAAGAGGCGUGGUCAUACUUCCAACAAUUGUCAUGUCUCUUGGGAAGAGGUUCAGGCUGCUCGCCAAGAUAAUAAGGAUGACAAGGAAUCUAAGGAGGCUAAAACCUCAAGAGGUUGGUUUGCUGAGACUAUUGAUGAAUUUUCUGAGAUAGUUGAUGAUGAUCCAUUUGUGAGUUCCGCUUUUGUGUCCGAGACAUCUAUUGUUUCUGAAAAGUUUGGUAACAGUUGCUCCGAGUCGUUUGAUGAUUUGGAAUCCGAACUUUUUGAUUCUUCUGAGCCGUGUGUCGGCGAUGAAGAUUGUUUUGUUGGUCAAGUUUCUGAGUAUUGUUCAAACUCAGGACUUGAUAUUGAUUCAGUUGGUAAACCGUUUGUUGGUUCCACUGAUGAUUCUUGUUUUAUUUCUGAACCGUAUGUCGGUUCUACUGUUGUUUGUUUGGAGUCUGAACCGUGUGUCAGUUCAGCUCCUAUUUGUUUUGAUUCUGAAUCGUUGGUCGAUUCGGAUAUUGUUCCUUUUGAUUCUGAACCGUUGGUCGGUUCUUCUUUUAUUUUUUGUUCUGAUUCUAAACCGUUGGUCGGUUCUGAUGAUGAUAUUGCCUUACCUUCUUUUGAUUUUUUGGUGGAUUCAAUUACUGAACCUUCUCCGCCUAUUGUUAAACCUAUUGUUACACCAAAAUCCCGUUUUUCUCCAUUAUUUUACUUAUCUUUUGUUACCAUCAUGUUGUUUUCCUUGAUUUUAAUUGUCGUCUGGCAUCCUUCUUCAAUCUUGAAUUUAAGUCAUUCAGUCCAUCACGUUUUUGUUGCUGAAUCUACUACUUCUGCUGAGGCCAACUUAGUUGUUGGGUCUGAUUCUUUUGACUUUAUCCAUGAUACCGGUGCUACCAGUCACAUUUGCAAUAACAUCUCAUAUUUUUCUUCUCUUCGUCCCACUUCGGCUACCAUUCGUGGUCUUGGUUCUGCUACUGCUGAGGGGGUUGGCGACAUUGUCGUUGAUCUUCUUGGUAAAGAUGACCAGCCUUGUGACCGCGUUGUUCUUCGAGAUGUUUUAUAUGUUCCUAAGAUUCCUCGCAAUUUAUUUGCUGCUCGUCGAGCUACUGCUGGUGGUUGUCGGUUCAUUCAAGACCUUAACCAUAUUUCUGCUGUCGAAAAUGGCAAAACUCGAGUCCACGCCAUUGCCAUGGGUGACUUGUACUUUUGUCGUUUCCGAGUUGUUUUGCCUUCCAAGCCUGUCCAUGAGGUGUUUGCUGUUGAGUCGUCUGCCAAUCUUUGGCACAAGCGACUUGGUCACGCCAGUGUGGACGUUCUCAAGAAAUUAUCUAAGUCACUUUCUGUCAAGCCUACUCAUUUUGAGGUUGUGGAUAGUCAUAAGUGUGACGCUUGCUUGGGUGGCAAAGCCACAGCAUUGCCAUUUAAUGGUACCACGGAAAAAGCUAGUCGUCCUUUGGAGUUAUUUGUUUCUGAUUUAAGCGGUCCUCAUGUCGCUACCCCUGUGGGUCAUCGUUAUGUCUUAACCAUUAUGGAUUAUUAUUCCAGGUACUCUUAUGUGGAGUUGUUGGUUAGGAAAAGUGAUGCAAGUCUUGCCAUUCGUAACUUUAUUGCUAGGUGUGAAUCUUAUUUUUCUGGUGAUUCUGCUGGUGAUCGAGUUGCAUAUUUUCAUUCUGAUAAUGGCGGCGAAUACAUUUCCAAAGACCUGGAGCAGUUCUUUGUGUCUAAGGGUAUCAAGCAUACUUAUACAGUUCCUCAUACUCCUCAACAAAAUGGUGUUGCUGAGCGAUUGAAUCGCACAUUAUUUGAGAAAGCCAAGUCUAUGCUUUUAUAUGCUCAUGCUCCUGAAUACUUAUGGGGUGAAGCUGUCAAGUCUGCUAAUUAUAUUAGGAACCGUCUUCCUAGUCGUACCACUGGUGGUGUUGCACCUCUUCAACUUUGGACUGGUAAACCUCCUAGUUAUCAUCAUAUGAAAGUAUUUGGUUGUCAAGCUACAGUUGUUCUUCCUGGUGCUAAAAGAGAAUCUAAGUUAAGUUCAAAUACUGAAGCUGGUGUUUUUGUUGGGUAUUCUUUGGAUCGUACAGCUUAUCGAGUUCUUCUUGAUUCAAGCAUUGUUGAAGCCAGGAGUGUUUACUUUGAUGAGUCCAAGUUUCCAUUUAUGAAAAGUGAUAAGGACUUGUCUAUUAAUGCUACUGGUGUUGGGUUUAGUGUUGGUUCUGGUUCAGGGUCCAUGUCAGGACCUUGUUUUGAUUCUAAGGGGACUGGUUUAGGAUCUAAUGUUAGGGUUAAUUCUAUUGCUAGUUCUGAUUCAAGUUCUGGUUCUAGUUUUGGGUCUCAUAGAUCUUUACCAGCAUCCUCAUCUGGUUCUGGUUCUGGUUCUGGUUCUGGUUCUAUUUGUGCUUUACCGUCUCCGUCUCCGUCUUCUUCUCCGUCUCAUUCUCCGUCGCUUUCUUCUUCUUCUUCUUCUAUUAUCGUUCAUAAGCCUCGUUCUGUUCGUCGCAUUUUGUCUACACCUUCUGCUCCUCUUGAGUCUCCUACUCUUCCUACUCUUCCUUCUAUUCCUUCUGUUCCAUCUCUUCCUAGUUCUCCUAUUCUUCCACCUUCAGAUCAUGAAGUCUCUAUCUCUCCUGACUCAAGUCCUAUUGUUUCUUCUUCGGAAUAUAUUCCUUCACAAUUAGACUUAUCUGAAGCUGGUCCAUCUAUUAAUGAAUCUAAUAUUUCAGGUGAUUCUGGGAUCUCGCAACGAGGGGGUGAUAUUGGGUUUCAACCGUCUAUCAUUGCUUCGUCUCCCACUCCACCACCUUCUGUUGAAUUGGAAGUAGUGCCACUUAGUCAAGAAUCUCCUUCGCCUGAUCUUGUUAAUUCUCUUGACCAAGCUGGUGUUAGUGUUGUCACUAAGGAUGAUACUCAAGCUGUUUUGCCUAAAUCUCGAUCUCGUGUUGUUGCUGUUCGUUUACCUUCUAUAACUCCUGCCAAACGCCCGAGUUCUGAUGACAUUGUUUCACCCCCUUCUAAACACCUUUGUGAAAAUUCUUUGAAACAAUCUCCAGUGUCUGCAACACCUGCAAAACGUCCAGCUGAAGAAGAGUGUAUUUCUUAUCGUCGUCUCAAAUCUCUCCGCUUUGAUGAAGAAGCUGAGUUUUGGCUUGAAGCCUGUGUUAUUGAAAUGUCGUCUCUUAAACGCAAUGGUACUUGGGAAUUGGUUGAUCUCCCACCUGGUCGCAAGGCUAUCAAUAGCAAAUGGGUGUUUAAAGUUAAGCGCAAAGCUGACGGUUCAAUUGAACGUUACAAAGCUCGUCUCGUGUGUAUUGGAUUUUCGCAAGUUGAAGGUAUUGAUUAUACUGAAACUUUUGCUCCCGUUGUUCGUUACGAGACUGUGAGGAUUGUUCUUGCUAUUGCUGCUCAGUUUGGGUUCCAGGUUCAUCAUAUGGAUGUCGAGACUGCAUUUCUUAAUGGUGAUCUCAAAGAAGAUAUUUAUAUGAGACAACCUAAAGGCUUUGUUGUCAAAGGUCAGGAAUCUAAAGUGUGUCAUUUGAAGAAGUCUUUAUAUGGUUUAAAGCAAGCUCCUUUGUGUUGGAAUGAGAAGAUUCAUGGUGCUCUUGUCAAACUUGGGUUUAUUCGUAAUGAAAGUGACUACGGUGUGUAUACCAAAGGAUCUGGGUCUACCAUGGUCAUUAUUGCACUGUAUGUUGAUGAUUUACUUAUUUCUGGCAAUUCUUCUGAAGUCAUUGCCAAAACCAAGUCUUCUUUGUCAUCUAUGUUUAAGAUGAAAGACUUGGGCCCAGUCGAGCAGUUCCUUGGCAUGAGAGUUAAGCAGUCACCUUACCAUAUUACUGUGGAUGUUUCACGUUAUAUUUUUGACGUGUUGGAGGAGUUUGGUAUGCAGAAUUGUUCAAGUGUCAAGACUCCUUUACCCACUCGUGAUCUUUCUGAUUUUUCCGAGUCUGACUCUGCUACCGAUGCCUCCAUGUAUCGCAGUAUUAUUGGUAAGCUGAUUUAUGCUGCUAAUUGUGCUCGUCCUGAUCUUGCUGUUGCUGUUAGCUUUCUUUGUCGAUAUAUGCAGAGUCCUAAGUCUAUUCAUAUGGAAGCUGCUAAGCAUACUCUUCGUUAUCUUAAGGGUACUGCUGAACUUGGUCUUGAAUAUCGAGCUCAGAAAGUCUACAAGCUUGUUGGCUAUAGUGAUGCCGAUUAUGCACAGGACAAGCAGGACCGUAAGUCCUUUACUGGUCCUGCAUCGUCCAGCGUCGAGUCUGAGUAUAUGUCAUUGUCUGAUGCGUCUAAGGAAUGCUUCUGGAUUAAUCAGUUGUUGUCUCUUUGCAAGAUUCCUAUUCCGUUGCCAGUGACUAUGUUUGAGGACAAUCAGGGAUGUAUUGCUUUGGCUCAGAACCCAGUGUUUCAUCGUCGCACCAAGCAUAUUGAUGUUCGGUAUCAUGUUGUCCGUCACUAUAUUCGCAGUGGAGUGAUUCAUCUGGAGUAUCUUGAUACUCAAGUGAUGUUGGCAGAUAUGUUUACUAAGAAUCUUGGUCGUGUGAAGUUUGAGACAUUGAGGGGACUACUUGGUAUGAAGGCAGUAGGUGAUUCUGCGACAAGGGGAGGUGUUGAGCAUGCAAUGUUGUCGCAGACUAGUGCAGUUGAUAAUGCACCCGCAUUAGGUUUAAGCCCUUAUGUGACUGUGGUUACCCUCCUUAAUUUUUCAACACUUACUUCCUCUGAAAAACUCACUCCUCUCAACUAUCAUGUCUGGGCUACCAAAAUUCUUUUGGGUCUUCGUGCUAUGAAUAAUGGUGUCCAUCUUUAUGUCGAAGCUGGUACUGUCAAUCCAGCUGCUAAUGAAUCCCUCGAAGACCUCACCGCCUCGCUUGAUACCGUCGUCCAUGAUGUCAUCCUCAACAACAUUUCUCCUGAGUUGAUCGAACAUGUUAAUGAUGUGGCCAUUAGAGGCCGUGACCUCUGGCUUUAUCUUCAUCAGGAGUAUAGUCAACUUCAACCCGCCGAUGUCAUCUCACUUAUGAAAUCCCUCUAUGCUGGCAAUAUUGAUGUUGGUCCAAAGUUUGUUUCUUCUGUUCGUUCAUAUGUUGCUACAUGGCGUUCCAUCUACCAAUCAUUGUCGCCUGAUUCGGUUGUGGCCUUCAACGCUUUGGCCUCAAUGGGUCCCAAUUGUGAGCGCUUCAUCCAGUACGCCUUGGAGCACCGCUUUGAUAGUAACAACAAUACUGACAACCUUGAUAUCAACAACUUCAUCCGGAACACUGAUAAAUGGGCCAAGUUGUUGAAGAUUACUGGACCUCCUGCUACUCUUUCGAUUGAAGCGUUCGUUGCUUCAUCAAAGAAGUACAAUAACAAAUCUAAGGGUGAUGGUAUUAAAUGUUUCCGUUGUAAGAGGCGUGGUCAUACUUCCAACAAUUGUCAUGUCUCUUGGGAAGAGGUUCAGGCUGCUCGCCAAGAUAAUAAGGAUGACAAGGAAUCUAAGGAGGCUAAAACCUCAAGAGGUUGUUCCGCUUUUGUGUCCGAGACAUCUGUUGUUUCUGAAAAGUUUGGUAACAGUUGCUCCGAGUCGUUUGAUGAUUUGGAAUCCGAACUUUUUGAUUCUUCUGAGCCGUGUGUCGGCGAUGAAGAUUGUUUUGUUGGUCAAGUUUCUGAGUAUUGUUCAAACUCAGGACUUGAUAUUGAUUCAGUUGGUAAACCGUUUGUUGGUUCCACUGAUGAUUCUUGUUUUAAUUCUGAACCGUAUGUCGGUUCUACUGUUGUUUGUUUGGAGUCUGAACCGUGUGUCAGUUCAGCUCCUAUUUGUUUUGAUUCUGAAUCGUUGGUCGAUUCGGAUGUUGUUCCUUUUGAUUCUGAACCGUUGGUCGGUUCUUCUUUUAUUUUUUGUUCUGAUUCUAAACCGUUGGUCGAUUCUGAUGAUGAUAUUGCCUUACCUUCUUUUGAUUUUUUGGUGGAUUCAAUUACUGAACCUUCUCCACCUAUUGUUAAACCAAUUGUUACACCAAAAUCCCGUUUUUCUCCAUUCUUUUACUUAUCUUUUGUUACCAUCAUGUUGUUUUCCUUGAUUUUAAUUGUCGUCUGGCAUCCUUCUUCAAUCUCGGAUUUAAGUCAUUCAGUACAUCACGUUUUUGUUGCUGAAUCUACUACUUCUGCUGAGGCCAACUUAGUUGUUGGGUCUGAUUCUUUUGACUUUAUCCAUGAUACCGGUGCUUGUUGA